AUGUCAAAUCUGCAACUCGUAAAGGCAAGCGGCAAAGACCAGCCUGGAUUGCGUUACCCAACGAAUGGCAAGACAAUAUAUCAUCGGCCCUUAAACCGAGCCAAGGCCUCGGAGCUCAGCGGUGCGAGCUUUGCAUACUUAUUCUCCGAGAUGGUCGGCUAUGCAUCAAAGAAGAUUGAGAGCAUUCAAGAUUUAGAGAAGCGUCUCAACGUACAAGGCCACCCCAUCGGAGUUAAGCUCCUUGAUCUUCUCCUCUGUCGCGAACCGCCACGCUCGCAGUCCCGGCCGCUGAAUAUCAUUACCCUCCUGCAUUUCAUAAAGAUAAACGUGUGGCAGCACUUGUUCAGGCGGGCGGCGGACGGACUUGAAAAAUCGUCUGACCCGAACAAACCGGACGAGUAUAUGAUCAUCGAUAACGAACCCCUUGUUAACCGCUACAUCAGCGUACCGAAGGACUUAAGCCAACUCAACUGCGCUGCCUAUGUCGCCGGCAUCAUCGAGGGCGUAUGUGACGGCUGUGCCUUUCCUGCCAGGGUCACUGCACACAGCGUGGGAAAGCAGGAGGAGGGAGAGAUGUGGCCAGGCCGGACUGUCUUUCUAGUCAAAUUCGUCCCCGAGGUUAUGCAAAGGGAAGGCUACCUAGGGAAGGGAUAA